GUCGUCAUUAACCCAUAAAACUCCCGCCAUAUUUCCUAACGUGUUUUGAUCAUUUUUCCAACUUCAAGCAAGUAUGCCUAGCAUAGAAGACUGGAUAAACAACCCAUUAGGAGCCAUUCAAAAUAUAUUUGACAAACAGAAGUCUUUGGACAGCUCUGGAGUACGUGACUACUUUGCUGAGAAGCUUAAAACCAAAAACUCUAUAACAUGGAUUCCCAGCUUGAACGAUACCAGUCUGCAUUCCCUAAAGGCAAACUCGCUUGUACGGUUUCGAUGCAUGGUUCAAGAUAUGUUCGACCCAGAGUUUUACCUGGGCUCUUAUGAAGUUUGUGAUGGAGCAUCAGGGAAUACAUCCAUGCGUUCGGGCAAAUACAAGGAUAUAGCUGAGUGCGGGGCUAACCAAACCAUCAAUGUAGAUUCAGAAAACAACGUAACAAUGGACCGUAUGACGCUUUACUGUGUUCCUGUACCUGGAGAGGUGGAAUGGGUCAAGAAAGUAAACUCAGACAUGAGCAAAGUGAAAACAAAAUGUUAUCCUUCCACAUCAAAGACACCAACUCGCACCAAACGUAACCUUGACGACGACCCAAUGGAGGUGACCCCUGAUCCUAGUAGUGCCCCUGUAGGUCAAUGUCAGGGUUCAGCUACAGGGAGUGGGGACAGUGUUGGGAUGGAAACAGACGGAGGGGAGGCUAAAAGACAGCAGACAAGCGCUACCAGACCAGAUGCAGGUUCCUCACAGGUACCUGACCUAAAUUUCCCACUGCCAGAUGAGAAAGGGCCCGCCUGUCUUGUGAAGGUUUAUGAUGAGAUCGAUGCGUUCAAGGUCAACGAUGUUGUUGAGUUUGUUGGUGUACUCUCCGUGGAUCCAGCCUUAGCUCGAUUUGAUAAUGACAGUGAGGAGUCCAGCCUGCUUGGGGGUGUUGAGGAGAAUCCAGAGGAGGUAUAUGCCCAUGCCCCACCCCCUUCCCUGGUGCCACGCCUCCAUGCUGUGCUUUGUAACCGCCUAUCUCAUGUGAACCCUCUUGUGCCAAAAACAAAGUCUGAGGAUUACAUAACUGUACUUGAGACAAGUCAAGGGGAAAUAACUGCUUUGAGGGAAGAGUUACUGUCCAUAUUGGAACAUUGUUUGCUUGGGGACAGGCUGGCUGCUGAAUACAUACUGUGUUACCUUGUAGCCACUGUGUAUGGCCGUUCAGAUGCUAUCCCUCUGGGCAAGUUCAGUCUAAAUCUGAGCAACACACCGAGGUCAACCUCUUAUGCUGGGCUGCUGCAUUUCCUCAUAUCCAACCUUGUUACUCAAACCUACCUCCUACCUAUGUCACUGGACAAUAUGAACAAACUGGCAUUCUCCCCUAAAAAGGACUACACAGCAAACAGGCUUAAAUCUGGACUCCUUCAACUGGCCGAGCAUACUAAUCUCGUGGUUGAUGAGACAGCCCUAGAGCCUGGGCAACUGGAUGUUAAUGGUGUUCGGAAUCUGUCUGCCCUUGGCAAUAUGAUCAACUGGCAGAAGGUUGAGUAUGAUUUCAACUUCCACAAGCAAGAUUUUCAUUCCAAUGUGCAAGCCCUGGUCCUCUCUGAAGGAAAAUCUUUACUUACGACUGAUUGCCUGCUACCCCUGAAGCAUGGCAACAUUCCUGAAAGCCUGAGGGACCACUUUGCCUUGCUUGACCCACGGCUGACUGAGGACUUUCUUGCUAGGUGUCGGACAUACCUUGGACUGGCAAAACAUAUGGAGUAUUCGCUACCAGAUGAAAUACAGAAGAAAAUUCAGGAAGACUUUGUUAACUUGAGGAAAGAAGACGCAAAGAGCAUGACCGUUGAUGAUUUCCACUCCUUGCUGUGUCUGACAAGAUUGCUUUCCCUAUCUGAGUUGAAAGCAAGUCCUACUGGAGAGAUUUGGAGCCGGGCCAAGACCAUGGAACAACAGAGAAAGCAGAGAGUGACGGGGAUGCCUUCUAGGGAGCAGGCAGUUUGAGGGUGUGUGUUGGAACCAAGUGGUUGACUGAAUAUAAGACUCUUGAAGCUGUGAACUGUCAACAAUGUUUGAUAUAAACAUGAUGCAAAGUGGCCUUGUUUUGAAUACUGUUCUCUGAAUGAAAUACAUAAUUGAGAAAUUGUUAAAACGUUUGGCAAACAAAUGUAUGUUUACUUGUGUUUCAAUAUUAUGUUUGGUUUUACAAACUUGAUAAAAUGGAGGACAGUGAAACAUAAAAUAUUAUGAUCAUGGAGAGAUAAACCAUUUAUAGUUUAUAUGUCUUUACAAAAUGAUAAUUUGAGACUGAUAAUGAUAAUUUGAGACUGAUGAAAGUCUCUUGUCAGUUCUCGAAAAACUGCAAUGAUCACAAAGUACUUCAGAAAUAGAAUGUAUUUGUGUUAGAAGAAUAUGGUAAAAGGUUAAUUUACCAACAGUCAAAGAGUGGACAUCUUUAAUCUUAUAUGGACUCUCUCACAUUUUAUAGGUUCAGAUUUUGAAAUAUGAAAGUGCUAUGUGAGAAAAUACUUUAUCAGUGAUUCAAAAAUGGAGUAUAAUUGUUUGUUUCAGUGUGUGAUCGUAAUUUAUUUCAGGGAGUGAGCACCAAAAGAUAUUCAUAUUAUUAUAUGCCAAAAUUGAAGUUAAAAGUAAUUUAUUUUCACCUUUUUAGGAAAAAAAAACACCAAUUUGAAUGCGCACCAAUUUACAUGUGCACGUAACGUAAUGUCAUUUCAGAAAAUUCGUAGAAAUUGUGUCCCCACCCUGUGUGGACAAUUGUUUUCAAACUGGGGGCUGGCUAAAAUUCAAAAGAGUAAAAAUAUGAAUAUGAUAUUUCCACUGUUUCAAACAGUGAACUAUCAAUUUUAUUUCAUUGAUAAAUCCUAUAGACCACCAGAAAACAUAUGAUUAUAGGUAAUAUUAUAUUAGUUGACUGAUAUGUUGGGUUGCAUCACUCGCCGGCAUAAAGUUCACGAGAAAAAGUCAAGUGGGAUGUUUCUUUAGGCAAUCUGAUAGAUCAACCGACGAACAUAGUAUUUCGUUUAUUUCAUACCUUAAAAGUUUUUUUGAAAAAUAAAUGAUAAAAGUUUUCUUUUGAAAAGCAUUUAAUUUUGAGAAACAUGGCCUAUUUCUGUUACAUAGUAUUACAGGGGUAGAUGUGUGCAUGCGCGCAAGGCUACUGUGAGAUACGGAAUCGAAAAUCUGUGUAAAACAAAUAUAUUUUCCACUUUCCAUAUUUAAAGUCUUCCAAUAAUUUAGACAGAAAUUUAACACCUGUAUGAAAUUAAUUGUUAUAUGAUAUUGAAUUAAGACAUUUUGACGGAUACAUUCAUUGUAUUGGAAAGAGAUGCUAAAAUACAUCAGAAUUUUGUGCACGUUACCUUGAUAAUGAAGAUUGAAAAGUACAUGUACAUGUUUAUGACAAUAAUUUUUGUGUUUAUACAUGUUAAUGUGUAUGUUAGUGUACUGAUUAUGUGCCUUAUGUGUAAAUUUGUCUUCCACUUUAUAGUGUUAAAAAAAUGAUAUUAUGUAAAGAGUGUUAACUAAGUACUGCAAGUAUUAUACUUCGUAAAAAAGUUCAAUGAUGUCAUCAGUGGCUGUGUUCAUAAAGCUUCUUAAUAGUAAAACUGCUCUAAUUUAAACAAAGAAAAUUUCAAAUAUUGCUCAUCAAAUUUAUUCUCAUUCCCAUUUAUUAUUUUGACCUUUUUCUUGCAUUCUUUCAUAUUUUUGUUGCAAAAACAUAGUUUAUUUUCUUUAAAUUCAACUGACAAAAAAGCCAUUUUUUCACUACCGGGUAAGUUGAUUUUUAUGCCCUCAAAGGUGGGCAUAUUAAAAUCGCACCGUCCGUCCGUCCGUCCGGCUCUGUAACUUUCCCUUGUAUGAACUGAUUUUAAAAUAACUUGCCACCUGUGUUCUACAUACCAAGACGACGUGUGGCGUGCAAGACUCGUGUCCCUACCUCAAAGGUCAAGGUCACACUUAGUGUUUAUUCACAAUGGAGUGCUGCAUAUAAGGACAUAGAGUAUAGGUUGUCGUGUCCGGGCUGUAACUUUCUUUUGUAUGGACAGAUUUUAAAAUAACUUGCCACAUGUGUUCCACAUACCAAGACGACAUGUCGCCUGCAAGACCCGUGUCCCUACCUCUAAAGUCAAGGUCACACUUAGUGUUUAUUCACAAUGGAGUGCUGCAUAUAAGGACAUAGAGUAUAGGUUGUCGUGUCCGGGCUGUAACUUUCCCUUGUAUGGACAAAUUUUAAAAUAACUUGCCAAAUGUGUUCCACAUACCAAGACGACAUGUCGCCUGCAAAACCCGUGUCCCUACCUCAAAGGUCAAGGUCACACUUAGUGUUUAUUCACAAUGGAGUGCUGCAUAUAAGGACAUAGAGUAUAGGUUGUCGUGUCCGGGCUGUUACUUUCCCUUGUAUGGACAUAUUUUAAAAUAACUUGCCACAUGUGUUCCACAUACCAAGACGACGUGUCGCGUGCAAGACCCGUGUCCCUACCUCAAAGGUCAAGGUCACACUUAGUGUUUAUUCACAAUGGAGUGCUGCAUAUAAGGACAUAGAGUAUAGGUUGUCGUGUCCGGGCUGUUACUUUCCCUUGUAUGGACAGAUUUUAAAAUAACUUGCCACAUGUGUUCCACAUACGAAGACGACGGGUCGCGUGCAAGACCGGUGUCCCUGCCUCAAAGGUCAAGGUCACACUUAGUGUUUAUUCACAAUGGAGUGCUGCAUAUAAGGACAUAGAGUAUAGGUUGUCAUGUCCGGGCUGUAACUUUCUCUUGUAUGGACAGAUUUUAAAAUAACUUGCCACAUGUGUUCCACAUACCAAGACGACGUGUAGCGUGCAAGACCCGUGUCCCUGCCUCAAAGGUCAAGGUCACACAUAGUGUUUAUUCACAAUGGAGUGCUGCAUAUAAGGACAUAGGCUGUAACUUUCCCUUGUAUGGACAGAUUUUAAAAUAACUUGUCACAUGUGUUCCACAUACCAAGACGACGUGUCGCCUGCAAGACCCGUUUCCCUUCCUCAAAGGUCAAGGUCACACUUAGUGUUUAUUCACAAUGGAGUGCUGCAUAUAAGGACAUAGAGUAUAGGUUGUCGUGUCCGGGCUGUAACUUUCCCUUGUAUGGACAGAUUUUAAAAUCACUUGCUACAUGUGUUCCACAUACGAAGACGACGUGUCGUGUGCAAGACCCAUGUCCCUACCUCUAAGGUGAAAGAUACACUAAGUGUUUAUUCACAAGGGAAUUCUGAAUAUAAGGACAUAACAGUGUAGGUUGUCAAGUAUGGGUGGUAUUUUUUUAUGUUCAGAGGCAAUUUAAAAUAACUUGCCAUAUAUGUAUUUGACACGUAAAGGCAAGAUCAACUUUUCAUGUACUGACCUUGUUCGUAGGUCAAUGUCACAUUCGGGGGCAUUCGUCACAUACUGUGACAGUUCUUGUUUUCAAUAAGAUGCUUUUUGAAUACGGCCCAGGUGUCGUCAAUUCAAUUAAUGUGCAAUGUGCAUUGCAUACUGGACUUACAGAAUCUGCAUAGUGUAGUAGAUGUUAUUCAAUGAUGUGUUCUAUGGAUGGUUUGUGUUCAUACUGUAAUACAGUGUUUAUUGGUGUUAUAGAUGUCCAUUGAUUUAAUGCAUGAAUAAAUACAAUACGGAAAUUCUA